AACAACAACAACAACAACAACAACAACAACAACAACAACAACAACAACAACAACAACAACAACAACAACAACAACAACAACAAUAGCGAUAACAAUAACAUUGAUACCAAUAAUGAUCACACGCUGUAUUCACAGGAACAUGAGUCGCAUGAGGCCCAUAUGCAAAUACAACUGUGCAGCCAUAUCAACAGCAACAGCAGCAAUAAGAAUGCAGAAACCACCAUCAUCGCCAACACGACCACGACCAACUAUGGCCUCAGUCCAGACAGUCCCUCGCACGAUGCAGAUACCGCCCGAAUUAAGCUUCGGCGGCAAGAUACCAGCACCGACAGCGAUGGCGAACAGAUAUUUUUUUACGACGGAGCCAAUCUCUUGCACGCAAAACUCUACUCUGACACUGAACAAGCCCGAGGGAAGCGCAACUCGAUAUGCGAACGCAUCUCAGGCAUCAACAACCGGGACUCCUCUGCGAUGACUUCAGGGGCCACGGAGCUCUACAAUACCUUCAGCAACAGUAACGACAGCGGUAACGGGAACAGCAACAGACACAGGAAUGACAACCCUCCUGUGGAUGAUUCCACUUUGCCCAGUAACAGCGGUAAUCGUGCCCAUUUAUCCAAUAGCGUGGUCAAUCACGAACCCGACAUGAGCCCAACGUACGACACUCGUUCCAGAUCUCCAGCGCGUUCAAAGUCGCGGUCGAGAUCACGGUCUGGGUCCAGGUCACGGCCCGUUUCAUUGCUCAGUGCGCCAUCCACACAAUCGCAAUCCAGAUCAAGGUCGACUUCGGAUGCUUGGUCCCGAAUCAUGCCAGAAACCUUGGCCAAGAAAGACCAGCAGCUUCCUUCGUCUUUCACCGCUUCCAAACCUCGGCCGAAUAUGUUAGCGAGGGGUCUCUCUGCGGAAUCGCAGGAGCACGAUCAGAAGGGUCGGUCACCCGAUGGCAGCGCCACGGGUAGCUCCAGUCGCAGGGCGAGCACGAAAGAGCGGUUCUUGGCAAUGGCCACACGCGGCACCGGAAGCUCGUCUCCGAUGCCCUCGACGGCGAGUAGAGACGGUGCAGUUGGACCGUAUGAUAGCCUUCCCUCGUUGCGGGAGCAUCGCCUCAGCAUCGAUGAGCGAUCUGGCCUUCGAUCUGGCAGCUCUCCCAUCCUAGCCCAGACGCACAAUCGACGCCAGGGAUCGCCCUCGAUAGGCCGCAGCGACUAUGUGGGUGUGAACCACAGUCCACCGGCGGACUCCAUGAUGGGAUUCCCGUACAACAACAGCUCGCUUCUGGUUUCGAAUGAUCUCACACGCCCCAUGGCCACCAAGGUGCCCGCAAACCUUCGCAGGACAAAGGUUAACAAACCCAGACCGUUUUCGGUGGCGACGAUGGAAAAGUUGGUAGGCAGCAACCGUCCCGAUGUCUCUGUACAGGAAUCACCACAAGCAGAGAAAAGGCGCUCGACACAGCUGGACAGAUUGGAGUCCCCAUCCCAAUUCUCUUUGAAAUCUCAGCAUGCAUUGUAUACAGACCAUCAGAGCGAAUCCAGUGAUCUCGGAGUCGCUGCGCAACCACGGGUGGCUGGAUCAGUAUCCCACCCAUUGUUGAUGGCCUUGGACAGUUCGCCCGAUAGGGGAAGCAAGGGCAAGGAGGUGGAGAAGACACACGAGCUCGACGGCGGGGCCAAGUUGAUUGACAGUACGUUCCCGCAGGCAGUGUCGGAGGAUCUGAAGACUCAGGGCGGGAUCGUACAUGUUCACGAGCACCAUAUCCAUCACCAUUAUUAUUGUCAUCAUGGCCCGCCUGCGAUCCAACCGAACAGGGACGAGACCAGACCGCUGGAACAGCACUGCAGCCCCCCUGCUUCCCAUCAGCGUCGUCCCGAGGGCUCAUCCCUGUUAUCCAGCAUGUUUGGGUCACAUCGCAGACGAUCAUCUGCCCUUGAUUCGGAGGGUCACACUGGUUCGUUUGCACUACCCUCGGAGGAUGGCACUAGGAGCAUGAAACCGCUUGUGAACAAGAAGAGGAUGAGUAUCCUUGGCACGAUGUCGAUGACGUCCUCGAUGCGGAAGCGAUUCUUUGCGGAGCAGAAGAAGGAUCAGCAACAACAACAGCAGCAGCAGCCAUCUCAUGGGACUCUCAGACGCAUGAGCGCUCCGAUCUCGUCGUAUGUGUAUCAGGGAUAUGAAGGUGCAGACGGGACGAUGUUCUAUCACAAGGAUGGGCCCUAUGCCCCCAUGGGAGCGACCAUCCGUGGUAGAAGAAACCAGAGACAGAUUCCCCUGGAGGGACUGAGUGAUGAAGAUGAGGAAGAGGAAGAGUUCGGAGGGUACGUCCAUGGAGUCCAACAGAGCUCUGGUAACGAUCCACAACCACAGCAACAACAACAGCAGCGGGAAAAAUUCCUAUCGAAACUGAAGCGCUUCCUGCUUCGCCCUAGCCCUUCAGUCAAGACCGCCACCGUCGCACAGGGAGCUCCGAGGUCGAUCACCCCAGUCUCGUCCUCGUCUUCGUUCAUGAAGACGCGGGUAUCAGCGACUGUUCGGGUGGAGAAGAAUCGUUGGUCCCGAAACGGUGCCAACGUGUUCCCCCCGGACGAUUUCGAUUCAGACUUCAGCUUGACUGAGGGCCAACCGGCCUAUUAUCAACGACAGCAGCGAUCGAUGAGGAGACGGACGCCUCAGGACAUGUUUGAGCCGCCACCUUCGCCGACCCUGCAACGACGCGACCGGAUCGAUAUCCGGACCCAGUUCCAUCAACAGUCUUCUUCACCGACUCCGGAGCACCAUCUGCAUCACCAUCAUCAGCACCAUCAUCACCACCAUCAUGAGAGUGUAAAGCAGCAACAACAGCUACUGCAGCAGCAGGGAUCUGGAGCGCAGCUCUCGCCAUCAUCGGACGAUAGUGCCCAUAGCAACAAUCACAACCGCCCCAUAACCGCGAUAGCGACAGCAACGGCAGCACGGAUUACAGAUCCGAAUAACCACCGGUCAUUACAAUCGGCGACGGUCACCUCUGUGGUUUUCUCGCAACCGAUAUCUACUUCGCACGGCAAGGAUCUUUAGGAUCCUAAAAUCGAGUUCGACACACUUGCUCGACCUCUGCCGUGGCCGCCGUCUAAGCGGUCACCGCUGCUGCUGCUACCAUCGUUAGCAGCACCAGCGGCACCAAGGAUACUACUGCAGGCGUGUCUGUAUUCUGGGUUUUCCUUUUUGUCUGUUAUUGAAUAC